AUGCUCACGUCGCCCGUAAAUCAAGGCUUCCCAGCUUUGGACCACGAUCAGGCUUUGAACAUCAAGAGUCGUCUUCAUGCGGCGAUCAUGAAACAUUUGAUCACGGUCUCUCCAGCUGCGGCACUUGCUACGUCUAGAAUCAUCGUGCGCGUCUACGCCGAUUCUACCAAGCUGGCGAAUGAUCCGUUCUGUCCUGUACAACAGUUCAUGGUCGAGUUCUCUUCCAUCGACCCUUACUUCGAUUUCACCAGUGUUCGAGAUGAAGAGAUCGUUGGACGCAAAGUCACUGGUAAAUCCUCUUAUUAG